UGCCCCGAACCCUUUAGGGCUGCCAUAGAGACAGUGGAAACGGAGGUGUCUGUGUUGGAAACCCAACUGGAGAAGCUCUUGAAGCUAUGCACCACCAUGCUGGAGUCCGGACGCCAGUACUGUGCCCACAGCAAGACCUUCGUGUGGGGGGUCCAGGAGCUGUCCCACCAUUCUCCGGGGGACCCCAUGAUGAGCGAGUGCUUAGAAAAAUUCUCGGAGAGCCUGACCCAAAUGAUCGACAGGCACGAGGAGCUGCUGGAUGUGACCCAACAGUCGCUGAAGAAUCAGCUCCACAGCCUCGUGAAAGAGGACAUGAAACAUUUCAAGGAGGCCCGGAAGGAGUUUGAACGGGGCAGUGAAACUCUAGCCAGCGCUUUGCACCACAAUGCUGAAGUGCCUCGCCGGCGCCACCACGAGGCCGAAGAAGCGAUGGUUGCCCUGAAGGCAUCGCGCACCUCCUUCUGCGCCCGAGCGCUCGACUAUGUGCUACAGAUCAACGUCAUUCAGUCUAAGAAGAAGUCGGAGAUCCUGAAAUUUAUGUUGACUUUGAUGGAAGGCCAGGCCUCUUACCUGGAACAAGGGUUCCUGGUAGCAAAACAGCUGGAGCAGUAUCGCAAAGACCUGGCAGGGCAGCUCCAUCAGUUGGUCCUGGAGGCCGCCCGAGAGAAACGGGACAUGGAGCAGAGACACACGGUGGUCAAGCAGAAGGACCUCUCGCAAGAAGACUUUGGCCCCGAAGUCCGAACAGAACCAGGCGGAGUGGUGAUGGAGGGGUAUCUGUAUAAACGGGCCAGUAAUGCCUUCAAAACGUGGAGCCGGCGUUGGUUUUCUAUCCAGAGCAACCAGCUGGUCUACCAGAAAAAGGCCAAGGAUGCAGUGACGGUGGUGGUGGAAGAUCUCCGCCUGUGCACCGUCAAACCCUGCCCGGACCAUGAGCGGCGCUUCUGCUUUGAGGUGGUGUCGCCCUCCAAAAGCUGCCUUCUCCAAGCGGACUCGGAGAGGCACCAGCAAGCCUGGGUAUGCGCCGUCCAAAAUAGCAUCGCGUCAGCUUACAGCGAGGACCGGCUGGAGUUCUCAGGGCAGCCCCUGGAACGCACCACAUCCCUCGUCGCUGCCAAGCUGCAGUCACCGUCCGGUCGCAGGCUGCGGGGCGGCGUGGACAAGCACGUCUUGGACCAGGUGCAGCGGCUGGAAGGCAACGCCCAGUGCUGCGACUGCCGGGAACCGGCCCCCGAGUGGGCCAGCAUCAACCUGGGGAUCACCCUUUGCAUCGAGUGCUCCGGCAUCCACAGGAGUCUCGGUGUCCAUUUUUCAAAAGUGCGGUCGCUGACGCUGGACUCCUGGGAACCUGAGCUUGUGAAGCUGAUGUGUGAACUGGGGAACCGUGUCAUUAACCAGAUAUAUGAGGCUCGAGUUGAGGAGAUGAACCGGAAACGGCCACAGCCUGGCUGUUCAAGGGCAGAGAAAGAGGCCUGGAUCCGGGCCAAAUAUGUGGAAAAGAAGUUCAUCACUAAGUUUCCCAAGGCUGGGCUGCGACCAAAUUGGAGCGGGGAUAUCCGGGGGUCUGAGAAGCCGCCCAAACUCUUCCCCAAACCAAAGCCUCCAUCUCAGACCCGGAGGAGUCUGGGUAAUGCUCCAGGUCGCUCGAGUCCUGUCCCAGGGUCAAGGGAAGGCGUGACGCCCGUUGCCUCCCCUCCUGCUGAAGACUUGCAGAAUCUCCAUCCAGGAGCCCUGUUGUACCAUGCGGCUGGCGCACCUCCCAGCUUGCCCACCAUGGCAGACGCUUUGGCUCAUGGGGCAGACGUCAACUGGGUGAACGUGGCUUACGAGAGCCGCACCCCUUUGGUUCAGGCGGUCACGGCGAAUUCUUUGCUGGCCUGCGAAUUCUUGCUUCAAAACGGUGCCAACGUCAACCAGCCGGACAGCCGGGGGAGAGGCCCCCUCCACCAUGCCACCGUCUUGGGCUUCACAGGGCUGGCCUGCCUCUUCCUCAAACGGGGCGCCAACAUGAACGCCGUCGACGCGGAUGGGAAGGACCCCCUCAGCAUCGCGAUCGAUUUGGCCAACGCGGACAUUGUGACCUUACUGCGGUUGGCCAAAAUGCGAGAGGCGGAACUUGCCUUGGGCCAGUCAGGAGAUGAAACCUACCUGGACAUCUUCCACGACUUCUCCCUCAUGGCCUCCAACGACCCGGAGAAGCUGACCAGGCGAAGCUACGACCUGAAACUGACCACGUUGUGAAGCCAGCGGGGUGUGUGUGUGUGUGGAGGAAGCUUCCUUCCUGCUUAGGAGGAGAAUAAGGGGGACGGGGCGCUGCCAGUCGGUCAUUCGGAGGAAAGGCUUGGCUCUCAGAGAACUUGGGGGGGUGGGGGAAAGGGCACCAGGUUAAGACGUGACCCGGCUGCUCCUGCUUCCUGUCCAAACCAGUUGUAUUGGUGACUUUGCACGGAUGGUUCACAAGGAUUCAUGUUUUUCUGGGGGAUUCUGGGGAAUCCAAGAACUGGCAGAAGGGAAGAACUAAAAUCUCUGGAUGCCUCCCUUCAAACUCAGUCUUUCCCCCCUGUUGCUUUUUUUAUUUAUUACGCCAAGUCAGGACAGAAGGCUUUUCCAUCCGAAAACUGAAGACUUUUUUUUCUCUCUCUGCUCCACCCGGCCACGAUUCACCUCCCUUCCUGUAGCCCAAAGAGGCAAGACCCUUCCUCGGUGGGAAGAGGGAGAGGUGUCAAAAUGAACUGUAGAUGAAAUGUAGGAAAGAAGAGGUGGAAUAAAUUCCUCUUUUUCCCAAGCGGGGAAUCGAGAGGCAUCCCUCUGUGCACGCUUGCCCGUGGGACGCUAAGAGGGCCAAAAGUCCUAUUUUGCAAAAAUCGGUCUCUUCUGUGCAAAGAGAAAGAGGUUCCAGCCAAUGUUAUUUUAGUUUAUUUAUGACCGAGACCCAUCUGUGUCAGCCUGCAGUUCGUUAAAUUCUUGUUUUAUAUUCUUUUUUUUUUUAAUAUAAAAGUAUCUCUGGCCAGAUCACCUGAGAUGACAAGCGUA